AAAUGAGACAGUUGUGCGGAGAAUGGAAAGCUAUGUGCUAGACAAAAACAGAGAAGUGUUGCGUCACUUCGAAACUCUUUCUUUCACUCCGCACUACUGGUCUCGCAUGAGUCUCGCACUAAUCUCAAUUUUUCAGUGAUUAUCUGUGUAGUACAAUCAACGUUGAGAAAUCAAGGUCGUAGUACGACUCAACAACAGAUCGGACUUGUAUUUUCAAUAAGAAUUUUUAAUAACACAGUGGAAUAAUAUAAUAAAAUAAUAUUAAAAAUAACAUCGAAUUAAAAGACUGCGAUAUAUGAUAUAUUUAACUUUGAAAAAAUCCUCGAGGUAAAUAAUUGGUCCUUUGAUUAAAACAGAAUCGAAUUUUUCAAUUCAUCGGACGAACAUCAGACUGGUAUCACCGGGGCGCUAUAGGUUAGUAUGCAACGUUAUAUUAAGCAUCAGAGAGCGGUAAAUAAAUGAAAUAAUGGAGCAUACAAUUCCGUCCGAUAUCCUUGAUGAUCUUAGUAGUCGAUUUAUUAUCAAUGUACCUGAGGAAGAAAGAAAAGACUUGGUGCGAAUAUGCUUCCAAAUUGAAUUAGCACACUGGUUUUACUUAGAUUUCUAUUGCACUGAAGAGAAUCCCAAGCUGAAGCCGUGUAAUAUGAAAGAUUUUGCUACUCACAUAUUCCAGCACAUACCUUUUCUAAUACCACACGUACCGCACAUUGAUGAUAUACUCGAGCAAUGGAGGGAGUAUAAGCAGAAUGUGCCUACGUUUGGUGCAAUUGUGUUAAAUGAAGAUAUGACCAAAGUGCUUCUGGUUCAGAGCUACUGGGCAAGAAAUAGCUGGAGUUUCCCCAAAGGAAAAGUAAAUGAGGAUGAGGAACCUUUACAUUGCGCUGUAAGAGAAGUCUUGGAAGAGACUGGUUUUGAUAUAUCAAAUUUGAUAGAUAAAAAUGAAUAUAUUGAAUCUACAAUAAACGAUCAAGUAGUAAGGUUGUACAUAAUCUCGGGUGUACAACAAGACACUAAGUUUCAACCAAAAACACGAAAAGAAAUAAAAAAUGUCGAGUGGUUUGAUGUUGCAGAUUUGCCAAAUAACAAAAAAGAUAUGACUCCUAAAGUAAAGAUUGGUGUUGGACCAAAUGCAUUUUUUAUGGUGGUACCUUUCGUCAAACGAAUGAAGCGAUGGAUUCAAGAGAAGCAGCAACGCGAGAAAAACGUUACGACUACUCGAAGACACAGGCAUAAGUCCUUGGGAGACGUCGAGACGGUUUCGAAGAGUAAACGACAACAGCAAUUAUUUCCCCAUUCGGUACAGAAUGAAAUUCCAGAUUUUAAAGAGUUUAAAAACAGUCGUCAGUCGAACACCUCUCCAGCUCGUAAUCGUCGCAGUGUACACGAUAAUAAGAACACUCCAUCAAAGGUUGCACUGAAAAGGAAUCUAUUCGGUGACCAUGAUGAGGAUCAAUCGCCCUUGGUCCUCGCAAAACAGUUAAUCGAUAGUCCUCAACAGCAGCCCUGUACAUUCCUAAAUGAUCCUGCGAUUCAAUCGAUCAAGUGCAAUGAUUUCAGUUACAAAGUGCAAUCGACGGAGAAAGAAGUGAAAGAUCCUCACAAGAAAAGCCUACCAGAGGGAAAUAUCAAGUCGCUGUUGUUCGGGGAAGCCGCUCGCAAGCUACAAAAAGACUUUAAAACUAUUCCACCAUUGUCCUUAGAUCUGGAACAUAAUUGUUCGCCAUUUAUAACGAAAAAUGUGGAUGUUCAAGGUUAUCCCGCAGAAUUUCGUUCGAAAAGUUGGGAUAAUUUUAAAUUCGAUAGACGGGCGAUUCUCGAUUGUCUCUAUGAUCAUACCACCACUGAGGAGGCCCAUGUAAAGAUGAUAAAUAUAUGCCAUUAAUAAAGUAGGAUCUGUAUCCUCCACUUCUCUCAAGCGCAUCAGAUACUUGGCAACACUAUCUCUGAAAUUCAUAAUAUUUUUACAAAUUAGAAAGACACU